AUGGCUGUUGUAUAUGAUAAAGUGGCGAUUAUAAAUACUGAUAGUGAUAAUGUAUCCCCACUACCAAUAAACACUAAUAAUCCCAAAAGGGAUACCAUGCUAGCUGGUAGUGCGGAGAUUAGUCCAGAUGGAAUUGAAGUAUGUCAAAAAACUGAUCAUAAAGUUUGGCAAAUCGUUAUUCAGAAUAAUAUUGAUCUAGAAGAAGACCAAGUACCUAAUAAUGUAAAGAUUGGUGAUGAUAGCAAUAAUAUAUCAGAUAUCGAGUAUGAAGUUGGGGAAAUAGUUAUCAAGCAUGUUGAACUAGAAGAAAACCAAGUACCUAUUAGUAAAUCUAGAAAAGCAGUGGAAGUUGCAGUAUGUGAAAAAAAAGGUGAUACAGAGGAAGAGGAAAAUAGAAACUCGUAUACAAAAAAAGGUGAUUUGCGUAAAAGAAAAAAAUUAAACGAUUCAAAAAGUGUCAAAAAACAAAAAAUUUGCGAGAAAUUGUGCAGUAACCAUAAUGUUUUACCUCCGUGUACAGGAACAUGUAAGAAACAAUGCUUCACGAAGAUUAAAGAGGAACAAAGAGCUUAA